UUGCUGAGAGAGUGCAUAUUUAUUGUGGUUUCUAAGUGAAGUGCUUGUAAUUUUGUACUUUUCGAGCAAUGGGCAAAAAGAGACGUCUCAAUCAGCUCAUCUCCAAGUGGAUAAAGAGUGACCUCCCCGAAGACCGCUCCACUGUGCUACUUCUGGGCGUCACCAGGAUACCGACGUCGCCCGCGCCGACGCGCCGCCCCUGCUCCCUCGCCCUAACCUCCCACAACCACCAUUCCUUCCCUGCUCUCGUAGACGGCCCCCAGGUGCGCCGCAACUCCCUUUCCUCCAGCAGGCGCGGCGUCGUAAGGAGAAAUUCUUCUAGAAAGAGGGAAGGCCGCCACUACUGUCAGGUGCCCAUUGUCAACGUUACCUCACUCUCCGACUGUGACAGAACCAAGUUUUUGACGAAAUGCUCCGAGAAUAGGGUAAAUCCCCAAACCAGCUUGACACCGUCCAACUGUUUUUCCCAUGACGGUUACGUCGACGUCGCGACGCCGACUGUGAUGGAGCGCUCAGUGGACUCCAUCGGGACUUGCUCCCUGGACGUAGAGGCGUCCGUCUGCGACGUGUCAGAUUGGUCUGAAUUAUCUUCAGUUGGAACCCUUCGGAGCACUAAUCUGGUGACACCAUCCCCUCCUGAGCCGCACUUACCCUCUUAUCUGAGUUUGGCUUGCACAGUGAACGGCUACUCGACUACCACGAAUUACGAUCCGAUUCGACUUGCCAGAUCCAGAGAUGCUUCCCCGCACAGAAUUGACUCUGAUUUGACACCCAACAAAGUUACAUACUCAGUGCAGAAUAACUUGCUGUCGCCUCCGAAUCUCGUGCCCCUACCCACCAGGUCAAAACCAAAAAGUGAAAUGGGGGAGAAUACCUUAACGCAGCAUCACCACCAAGAGUUUUAUAGCUCCACGAAAACCAUGAGCUUUAUGAGUAAAGAGACUCAUUUCGCUUCAAACUUGUUUUCGGCAAAGGAUACGAUCGAUGGGUGCCUAGAGAAUGGACAUCACAAUAUCCACAGUAAAUGUGUUAGUUUUGAGAGUAAGAACAUCACUUCAAUUAACGGACAGAAUAAGUGCACUUCGGAAACAUCGAUUAGGCAAGAAUUUUCUAAUGGAAACGAGACAAAAUCAUUUAUUCAACAGAGGGUUGAGCGACUUUAUGGGCCAGGAGCCCUUGCGCAGGGAUUUUUUGUAUCGAAACGACAGAAAAAUCGUCUCUCUGAAUCAGAGGAUAAGAAUACCUCAUUAAACUCUGAAAUACACUCAAAAUCCAUGACUGAUAAACUGAUAGAAGAUGAUCUGGAACCUUCAAUGAAACAGAGCACUAGCAGCCCCACUCUACCUGUUCUGAGGCAUUUGAGACCAGAAUUCAGGGCACAGUUGCCCAUCAUUAGUCCAAGAAAAGGUGUGGAAAGUUUAAUGCAGAAAAGUGUUACAGUUCCUAAGCUGAAGGAUGAGACAAAGGUGAACGGUCAUUCUAGUACUGAAGAGGAAGUUAAAAUAUCUGCACUUAAGGAUGUUAGCAAUGGACAUGCCGAGUUGAUUAUUAAGGAAAAGUCAGAUGAGAAGGAUGGCCAUUACUUCUUGAAAAUACUCGAAGAACAGGCAGAGAGGCUUCUGCAAUUGGCCGCUAGGGUAGAAAGUGAGAUUUCAACACCAGAUUUAUCCGAAGAGAUCAUUGGAAAACUAAGGUCAGCCGCAGGCAAGGCCAGGCUUCUAGUGUCACAAAAAAUGCAACAAUUCAAAGGGCUGUGUACAAAUAACAUUAAUCAGAGUGUUGGAGAAGCGUUCCCCACAACAAACGAGGACUUGCAAGGAUUCUGGGAUAUGGUCAUGCUUCAAGUCGACCAGGUGGAUGCGUUAUUUGAGGAGAUCAAUACUCUAAAGAAGAACAAUUGGCAAGAGGUCGCAAAGGUGGAGAAGAAGGUAAACACAAAUGGUACUGCAAAACCGAAAAAGACUGUGAGUCGUCCAAGGCCUACUUCAGCUGCAAAUGAGGAGGCCAGAAAGCAGCGCGAGGCCGAGCGCAAGAAGAUGAUUGAGGAACGCCGCAAAGCCAUGAAGGCGCAGCAAAGCAAACCCAGAGAAAGUAUCGAAAUUUUUGUUCCAGAAUCCAGCUGAGACCCGUUAACUUUUUAGGUAUCAUUCUAACAAAUUUUCCGGUGUUAAAGUAACAUUUAGUGGCGGCACUAUUUUUUAAAAUUCCCCUAUCCUCCCUAAUACGCUCACUUGUACAUCUAAACGUAUCGCAAUUGCUAAUAAAAAUAUAUAAACCAUUCUAUUAAUCUUUAAUUUUUAAGCAGAUUUGUUUUAUAUCUCCCGAAGCUGUUGAAUUUUUUUUGUGUCCUUGUUAGUCAGGAUGUAGAGUGGCCGCUCUCUUACUUUUUUAAGUGGCUUGUUAAUGUCUCAAAUUCUGCUACUAUGAAGGUGCUAUUUAAUGUAGUAAUAGCGAUUAGAACAAAAUUAAAUAUGUUCUGUAAACUGCUCACUUGAUUGGCCUAAAAACAUCUGCUUUUUCAAUAAAAAGAACCGACGGUAAUUUUCUUUAAUUGUCUGUGUUUACUAAACAUUAAUUUCAUCAAGUUAGAUCAUAGUUAUAAACUAUCCAAGGUGGAUACAUCACAGUUGCAACAUUUUUGGCCAAUUGAAUUUAGAUGAGGGUCCUUGACAAAGGCUACUUCCACUUGACACUUGUGAUAUUUUAGAAAUCGCUGUAUUGUUUCCUUGAAUUUUUAUUUCUUUAUGUGUUAUUUUUUUUUUAAAUCAGGGACAUAAGUGAGAAAUAUCGUGAUUUAAAAAAAAAUAUUUAAAUGUCACAAUAGAAUUUAGGUACGAGUAUGGCCACUUCGCAGGUAGUAAAGUGUAAUUAAUGUAUUUGUAGUUGUAUUGAAUUUUUUUAUUUUUUCACAAGAAGGAAAUUGUACCAAGACUGAGUUAUAAAACAAUAAUGAAUAUUAACAUUUCUUACCAGUAGUAACCAAAUAAAUGUGAAUAUUAAAAAGAUACAUUCCCAGUGCUUUUACGAAUUGCUGGCGUUUGUUUGUUUUACACCCGUGCGUACCGAUGUGUCCGAUUUGUUGUAUUUUAUAUAAAUAUAUUGUUGAUGAACUUUUAAUAUUCUAUAUAGGUUCGCUGAGGAUAUUUUGUAUUUUAUAAGGUUAGAGUUAUGCGAGAAAGUUAAAAUAUGAAUAUUUAUUUAUUACGCAGCUAUAAUUAUAUUUGGCGAUAUUUAAGUCUUAAAUUUUUUA